AUGGGAUAUACUCGUCGGCGUUGCGCUGAAAAGUCCGUAAUAGCAGGUCCGAUGGCGGUGCUUUUGAAUCAAAGAUACAAUGCCUGUUUGCAGCCGUGGGAAUGCCGUUGGGUUAACUCUUUGCCGUUGAUCACCACCACUAAAAAGGCCAAAUGGUUCAACGAAUCGGACGAAGAGGUCGUGUGGAGUCAGGUUCUGGCGGAUGAUCCUGGUCGACCGAGGGUAUUUCCGAGGAAGUAUCUGGGUAUUUUGGGUAUACACUACCUGAAUCUGCGAAGUUGGGGAGUGGUGAAAGGCGUAGUUUUGCGCAAUUGCGGGAGAUCCUCGGAAUCUCGACGACCUUUUUCCGAGGAAACGGGAGAACGUCCAAUGAAUCUUACCACAAUGGAAAGAGAGACAGGUCGAGGAUUUGUAUCCAAAAAAGUGUUUUGA